AUGCAUCCAAAAAAUAGUACACCUAAUUUUAAUGUUGAUAAAUAAUCUAUCAAUAAGAAUUCAUGUCCUAAUAGGUCUGUCUAAAAUUGUAAUUAUAAUUUUUAAUUUUUAGUUAGUGUUUAUGAUGACUAUUAAUAUAAGAAAGUAAUUCCAAAGUUAGAUUCUAAAGAUUAAAUGUUUCACUCUCAUAUUUUUGAUUCAACAGAAACCUUAAAAUAAUAAAUAAUAGAUCUACAAAAACAAAUAAAAAUAAAGGAACUUAGUAACGAAUAAUUAGCUAAUGCACUUUUUUAAUAACAAUAAAAAUAUGAAGAACUAAAAAUAGUUUAUAUUAAGGCUGAAGAAGAAAAAAGAAAUGUUCAAAAAAAAAUAAAGGAACAUGUAGAAAAGAAUGAGUUUAACUAAUUUGAUAUGAAACAAUAAUAAGAAAUAAAUACGUUAUUUCAGAAUGAAAAUACUUAAUUGAAAUUGGCAGCUGUUAAAGUAAUAAUUCUAUAUAAAUUAGCUUAAAGAUACUAUUUUAAAAUUAUAAAGUGAGAAUAAACAAUUGAAAGAUUAAAUUGAAGCUUUAAUGAACAAUCCAUUGAGUUGUGAAAGGAAAGGUAGUUCUAGACUUUCAUUUGAUUAUUUACUAAAUGAAGCAGAUUAAACCUAACCUAUAUAAGGUAAUUCUGGAAGUACACUUCAGAAUUGCGAGAAAAAUUGUAUUUGUUCAAAAAAAUUAUUAUAUUAAUAAGCAGAAAUAAAAAAAUAUUAAAAUUAAUUAUUUGAAAAAGACUAACUUAUAACUAAAUUAACACAAUAGAAUAAUGUUCUAUAGAAAGCUUAAAUGAAAAUAUAAAAAUGUUAGAAAAAAUAAAAUCUUUUUGGAACUCCUGAAAUUGAAUUAGCAAAAUAAGAUCCUGUAUUAAUUUAAGAUGAUAGUAAUGAUACUUCUCGAUAGUUAAAUACAUAUUUAAGUGAUAAAAAAUUCAAUAAUAUUAGUAAUGCUUAAGAAUCCUAAAUGCCAGUAUUAAUAUAAUAUGAAAUUUAGUUAAAAACAUCUUCUAGUGCAAGAUCAGUUUUAAUAAAUAAAUCUAAAAGAGAAGUAGAGUAAAUAUAUAAAAAAAUGAAUUAGUCAGCUUUAUUUACGGCUAGCUUAUUUUCAACAAUGCUUGAUUAUAAACAUUUGCAUGAAAAUAGUUCAUAAAUCAGAAGUACUGGUUUUAAUUAGGUAAAAUAAUUAUGA